AUGCCUUCCCCCGCGUCCCAAGCCCCCGCCUUGACUACCGACUCCACCGCCCAGACCUCGCCGACCACGCCGGCCACGACACAGCCCAAGUCCGCACCGAGCACGGCCGGCCGCCCCAGCCUCCUGCUCCCUCCAGGAGGGCCGCCCGCUACCAUCGUGUCGCCCCCAACGCCCGUGACGCCCGUCGAUAACCCGCUCCAGCUGGGUGGAUCCGCGGUACCGAGUGAAGUGCUAAUCUUAGAGGAGCCAGAGGAGUAUGAGUCGCCGGGCGAGGACGUCGAGACGGCCUCAACGGCGAGCUCCAGUUUCGUGCAUACGCCCGCGCAACAGAGCAUGAACGUCCCGCCGCAGUUCAGCGUGUCGCGCGGCAACUCGAGCUCAUCGUCUGCCCCUGCACCCUUCUCGACACCGUACGACAGCAUGUCUCCCGGCGUCACGGGGAAGAACCUUUCGAGCCUCGUCGCCAACCCGGCCCCGACACCCAGCUCGCCACGCGUCUACAUGCCCCGCAUCCCCUCCCCCUCCGCCGGCACUCAGGACAGCCGCCCGCAAGUCACUGGCAAGGAGAGGAGACACCGCCGCGAAAGCUCGACGCACCGUGUAAGAGAGACGAUCUACGGCGAAACGCGCAGUACCGUCGACGGACAGCGGAUGGUCAACCAGUACCGCCUCGGCAAGACGCUGGGCAAGGGCUCGUAUGCCUCGGUCGAGCACGCUAUCGACGUGGGGACCGGAAUCGAAUAUGCUGUAAAGGAAUUCUCAAAGUCGCGCCUGAAACAGCAGGCAUUGCAGGAACGCCAGGCCAAGGCGUUCCGUGAACGUCGCCGGCGACCGCGGCCUGGUGCUCCGAUGCCGCGCAAGCAAGGGGACGGACCAGCGAUGGACUACGUCUACGGAGGCGACGACGAUAUGGAGAAGAAGCUGAGGGACGACCCGCUCUUCCUCAUCCGGAAGGAGAUUGCCGUCAUGAAGAAGCUAGAAGGGAAAACUGACCCACAGGUGGUGCACCUUUUCGAGGCUAUCUCUGUCCAGAACGCAGACUCACUCUUCCUUGUGCUCGAGUACCUUCCCGGCGGCGUGCUCAUGAACGUAAAGCUUGGCCAGGACGAUAAGGACGCCAAGCCGCCCUUCAGUCAGGAGUGCACGCGCGAGUAUUUCCGCCAAAUCUGUCUGGGUUUGGAGUAUCUGCACGCGAACGGCGUCGCGCACCGAGACCCCGACAACCUCCUGUUCAACUCGGACCGGACCAUGGUCAAGCUAGCCGACUUUGGUGUGUCCGAGAUCUUUGCGACGACCGACGACGACCGGAUCAAGACUACUGGUGGAAGUCCCGCGUACCUGUCACCGGAGAGCUUCACGGUAUCGAGCAUGGACAUUCAUGGCAAGGCUGUGGACAUCUGGGCUCUCGGCGUGACGCUCUACUGCAUGCUGACGGGUCGCCUUCCGUUUAACGCGUCCAACACGAUCGAGCUCUUCACGCUCGUGCGCGAGACGGACCCCGUGAUUCCCGACGACUGGAACCCGGCCCUCAAGUCCCUCGUGACAGGCAUGCUGUGCAAGGACCCCGAACGCCGCGCGACCAUGGAGGACAUUAGGCGGAACAACUUUGUGACGGCCUGGGGCGAGCAGCCCAUGAUGUCCGAGGAGGAGAACCUCUUCCACUACGGCAAGGUGUUCGAGGAGCCGACGGACGAGGAGAUCAACAGCGCCAUCACCUCGCUGAAGCGCGUGUUCACGGUCAUCCGGGCCGUGCAAAAGAUGCGCCGUCUAGGUCUGAACCGGCUCAGCAUGUCCCGCUCCGCGUCGAUGAACACGGGGUCGAUGGACUCGUACGCUCUCAGCGAGGAGGGGGAGGAGCGCGAGCCCCCGCGCAUUCUCUCAGGUCGACUGGUGGGCGACAGCCACAGCCCGGAGCUGGUCGAGUCGCCCGGCUCGUCGAUGGACGUAGCCUUAGAUCCGAUGGACAAGGCGGCAGUUGCGUCGCCAGAGAUGGUCGCGAGUCCCGAGAUGGUCGCGUCCCCGCAAAUGGUCGAUUCGCCCGUCAUGGCGGCGUCUCCGGAGAUGGUCGCGUCGCCCGUCGCCGCGUCGCCCGAGAUGGUCGCGACGCCCAUCGAAUGCGCGUCGCCGGUAGAGUGCGCCUCGCCACUCGAGUGUGCGUCUCCCCUCGCCGCGUCCCCGAUCCAGCUACACUCGGACCUCGCUCCGGGGUCGCCGGAACGUAUCUCGCCCUCGAAGCGGGCGUCGUCGACGGGCCAGGGCCAGGCUCCCGCAGCCAUACCGGCCAUAUCCUCGCCGAAGCGGAACAAGUUGGCCGACUACGUCCGGCGCGUCAACAUCUCCCCCUCGUCCCCGGGCGCGAGUAAUGUGAGCUCGUCGCCUGGCGCGGCGUCGCGGACGCCCGUCAAGUCCAACCUUUCCAGCACGGCCACCCCGGCCGCCGAGAACGAGGGCGAAGCGGAAGGCAAGGAUAGUGCAGGGGGGAGCGAGCGUCCGACCCCAGUCCGGGGGAAGAGGGAAACACUCAGCAUCAACACGACCGAUAUACCGAGCACGGGGCCGACGAAGCUCGUCGAGGUCGUGGACGUCGAGGUGGCCCCUCAGUCUGGUGCUCCCGCAUCUCCUGUGGAGUUCGAGUCGCCCGUACAGGUCCAGUCACCCGAGAUGGCCUCACCAGUGCAGGUCGAGUCACCCGUGGAAUGCGAGUCGCCCGUCGAAUGCGAAUCCCCCGGCGCGCUAUGA